AUGCUACAAUUAUUGCUUCUGUUGCAUUUAUUGUUGCGGUACAGUGCCGUGGGACACGUGGCGUUGACGUUUCCGUCAGCUCGAUUUCCACCGCUCGAUUUCUUGGAUUCCGCCCGAACAAUCAGUCCGUGUGGUGUACCUAAGCCUGAUAGUCCACGUUACACUCAAUUAUACGUUGGUGAAUCAUACAAUUUCACGUGGCGAUUGCAAUACCCACACCAGGGUGGAUAUCGCUUAUCAGUGAUAAAUGAGACUGGAGAUGUUGUAGAACAAUUAGCGCCCCUGAAAGGUAGCAAAUAUGUUGGUCUCGAUGAUCAAACGUUGCAGCAUGCGACAGUUCGUCCUACACGUCCGUGUACGCCGUGUAUAGUUUUGCUUGAACGUCAAGCUUUAGAGUGGGGCCAAGCUUAUGAAUUUCGAUCAUGUGCUGAUGUAAAUAUUGUCCAAGAAGUGCCAAAAGAUGAUGAACGAUGCUCAAAACACGGUGAUUACGAGAACGGUAAAUGUAAAUGCCGCCAUUCAUAUUCCGGCGAACUAUGCCAAUAUAAAGAUUAUUGUUCGACCGACGAUGAUUGCCUGAACGAUGGGAAAUGUGUUAAAGAAGCAAAUGGAAUUGUAAGAAGGACGUGCUAUUGCUCUUUUGGCUACUUUGGACAGAACUGUGAUCGAACAUUUGAUGCUAAACCUGAAAAUGAUAAAUGUUUCAAUUAUGAUUAUCCAAAGGAUGAGAAAAAGUAUAACAAAUAUGGUCUUUUUGGAGAAGAAUGCUUUAAAAAAAUUGCACUAAAUGAGAACGAUUUUGUUUAUUCACGAGUUGUUCAAGAUGAACUAGAGAUAAUUUUGGAUUAUGAAAGCACAUCAUGGAUUUCAAUUGGUUGGCGACCCAUGGAAAUCGAUCGUUCUUGCAGAUUAUUUCCCGAUUUGGAGAAUACUCGAAAUAAGCGCGACACCAGAUGGACAUUGAUUUCACAUUCAACUAUUCAGAUGAAUGAGUCGCAGUAUCGAAGUCCGAUCGACUUAAAUUUAAUGCCAGUGCCAAUUCCUAAACUACCUGAAAACAACGGCUUGUUAAGAGCAGCACUUCUGGCACCUCUUCAUCCCAUGGAUUGUACAGAUAUUGUGAUCGGUUCGGUGCGGGAUGGCAGGUCGAGAAUCAACGAUAUGUACACCAGAGAUCGAUCCACACCACUUUAUGACAUUUGGCUUGACGGUGAAGAGUCUUUUUCGGCAGCUUACGGCAUAGAACGUGAUGGCCGGACGAUAGUUAUGUUCAGGAGACGAAUUGCUGAGAUAGAACCAUCAGAUCACCCACUUGGACCGGGUGAAAUUUUUGUCAUCUAUGCGAAAGGACAAAUGAUGGGGUCAUAUUCGCAUGCUGUCAAGUCGGCACUUGAUCAAGGUCCGAUCAGUGAUCACAACUUUUACAGACAAGACGAAGUGAAGUACCACGGAAACAGAAAUCGUGGAGUACACUCUGUAGUAUUUGUUUCUGUCGAUGAACAGUUCCCGAGUAUCCGACCUCCGCUCCGGUCUCGACAUCCGGAUCCGUCAUCUUUGCAACAUCCGGCAGCUGCUGUGCACAAUUCUUUUGCCCACGGAGCAGAAGUUCCGAAAGCCACGCAAGCUGUUUCGCUGCCAACAACAAUAACAAGCGAAAGGUCAUCAUCUAUAAGUGAUAUGAUGCGACGACCAUCUCUUCAUUUGAACUCUAAAACAGAACCAACAGUCAAAAAAGAAUCAUUACUCAUCCAGUCUGAACCAGUGCCAGAACCUGAACCGGAACUUGAACUGGAACCUAAAUUAAAUUCUCGAGAAAUCGACUACUUAUAUUUUGAUAACGGAUCGUUGAUGUUAAACACAUUCCAACUAGUCUAUUUCUUCUUCUUUCUCUUUUUCCUUCUUUCACACUGUUAUUUGUAA